AUGUCACGAGAAAUUUUGAAGCCGAGUUGUGGUUCAACCGAUAAUUUUGUUCCGAAUGAGGUUAAGCUUAUAAGAGUUGACCAAGCCAAGAGCUACCUGAGCGACCUGAGCGGCUUCAUCGAGAAGAACGCCAAGGAGGGCCCGCGCCGACCACCGGGCCGUCCUCCGACGGGCCGUCAGCCCCGGCCCGAGCGCACCUACCUCUGCGCCGAGUGCGGCGUCGAGCUCAAGACCUGGAAGGGCCUGACGAUCCACACGCGUCGCCACACCGGCGAGAAGCCCUACAGCUGCAAGGUCUGCGACAAGAGCUUCUCCUGCGUCACGCUGCUGCGCACCCACAGCGUCAUCCACACGGGCGAGAAGCCCUACGGCUGCGAUCUGUGCGGCAAGUACUUCACCCAGCGCUCGACCCUCACCGUGCACAAGCGCUACCACAGCGGCGAGCGGCCCUACGUCUGCGACAGGUGCACCCGCGGCUUCGUCACCAAGACCAUCAUGCGCACCCAUCAGAGGAACUGCUUCUAAGCGAAGACAGAUUUGAUUCUGCGUGGAGGAGGCUCGACGAAUCGACGUGCCAAAUUUUUUAAACGAGCCUCGACGAUGCAGUCUGUCGUAGAGUUGCUUUUGCAACCGAUGUCACGUCACGAGUGAAUAGCUUUGUGAUGUUGAUGGGAGCGAAACUCACUCGCUCAAAUGUGCUUAUUAUUUUGUUUCGGGCUGCGGCGUCCAAGUUUGAAAAUGUCAGAUUUAUAUCAAUCACUCAGCAAACGAGUAAAAUCAUUACUUAAUAUCAUUGGCUUUAACUUAUAGUAUAAUUGCUUGUGACUAGUUCCUAUUGAUAAUUUCGAAUCUCAACCAAUACUUUCAAUUUAAAAUAUCAUAUCAAUCUACAUUGAAUAUCAAGUAUCGGUUUUUAUCAUAUAUAAUCAUCAUAUCGAUUCCUAGUUAUAAUUAUCACGUAUUCAUUCAAAACUAAGCAAUAUUUUAAAUGUAUGUGCUAAAUAUAUAUCACUUCUACAUAUCUACUCUUACGUACAUUUUUGAUGCGUUUCUUGCUCUUUGAUGAAAUUCAUCGCUUCUUGAGUUAUGAGUGAAACUUUUAGUAUUUAAUAAUUUUCAUAUCAUCGCAAUGCGCUCGAUAUCAUUGUGAAUGUCAAUUGGGUGUGUACUCAUUAAUCGUGACAUCAAUUAAAUUUAACAAAGACUGACUAACUUUUGAAUCAUCAUCAAUCAAUGGCUAAAAAGUUAGCGAUCGAAACAUAUUCAAUUAUCGACUUUCAAACUU